UGUGUGUGUGUGUGUGUUGGGGGGGGGGGGUAAUCUCAGCGGCGCCACCUUAAAAAAACAGUCUCGCGGACCUGUCAAUCUGACGAACCAGACAGACCCUGGCUCGCGGCCCCGCUGUGAGAACUGCUACGUAAUUGGCCGAAAGCAGUAGUCCCUGUGAGACCUUGCCGCCUAUUGGCUGCAGCAUGUCGAGACACUGACGCGCACGACGUCUCCCCUGUAUUGUUAUUGUGGCGUGCGCGGGUGAACAGACAGGAUGCACGAGGAGACAGUAGGGCUGAUAAAAGGAUAAAACAACCGAGAAACAACAAGCUAGCGCAGCAAAACGUAUGAGAAAAAAACACUUGCUCGUUACAUUACAGGAAUUUGCAUCAAACAUUAGCCCUGUAAACGCAGAGCAAUACAUAGGUAGCCUAAUACAAAAGAGUAUUAAUACAGAUAGCCGCUCUAGUCAACACAUACAAUACGAACAGCUAUCUGAGUACAGCGAUCUUUCUGUCCAACUUCUUCUCUUCACUCUGGCUGAUGUGGACUGAUUCAGAGCUUGGACAUCAUGAUGCCAGUGAACUUUCUGGUCAUUCAUUGGCUGACCAACUUAAUACCAGCAGCAUCAUGUCAGUGAACCCUCCGAGCAGCAAUGACGCCUGCCUCAGCAUUGUCCACAGCUUAAUGUGCCACCGGCAGGGCGGAGAGAACGAGGGCUUCGCCAAGCGGGCCAUUGAGAGCCUGGUGAAAAAGCUGAAGGAGAAAAAGGACGAGCUGGACUCGCUCAUCACUGCCAUCACCACCAAUGGUGUCCAUCCCAGCAAGUGUGUCACCAUCCAGAGGACACUGGAUGGACGGCUGCAGGUGGCAGGAAGGAAAGGUUUUCCCCAUGUCAUUUAUGCACGGCUGUGGCGCUGGCCUGACCUCCACAAAAAUGAACUCAAGCAUGUCAAGUUCUGCCAAUACGCCUUUGACCUGAAGUACGACAAUGUAUGUGUCAACCCCUACCAUUAUGAGAGGGUGGUGUCACCCGGCAUCGUUGGCCUCAGCCUUCAAAAUACAGCAGCACCAGGUGGCCUGAUCAAAGAGGAAUACAUUCAUGACUGUAUACAGAUGGACCUCCCACCGGGCAUUCCUCUGUCUGACCACCAAGCAGCCCUGAAGCUUCCUCCUCCAGACCACUAUGGCCAGCCCUUGCCUCCCCCACAGCUGUCCUCUGAGCCCCAUGGACCCCCACCUGUCACCAGAUACACUAACCUGCCUGUCUCACCCAAAGUGUCGGCUGUCCCCGGCUCUAUGCUACCCCUGCAGGGCGGUCACGGUGACGGCCGUCUCCAAACUGCAUCUCCACAAGCUCAAAUUAUGACCCCGGCACCACGGCCUCCGACCCCAACCCAACCCCCUCCUCAGCAACAGGCUUCCCAGCAACCCCCCCACCCACAACAACCCUCCCUACCUCCUCCUCACUCGCAUGGACAGAACGGAUACAGCACCAAUAAACAGUCUCAGAGCCAGGCUGCCUUCCACACAGUUUGGACAGGCAGCAGCACAGCCUCCUACACUCCCAUUGGACCCCAGCAGAACGGCCGUGGUCACCAACAACCGCCUCUCCAUCACCCAAACCACCACUGGUCUCAGCAUCAUGGCUCAACUUCUUUCCCUCCUUCUGUGUCCAACCAUCCAGGACCAGAGUUUUGGUGCUCUAUCUCCUACUUUGAAAUGGACGUUCAGGUGGGUGAGAUGUUCAAGGUGCCCUCCAGCUGCCCUGUAGUAACCGUGGAUGGCUAUGUUGACCCGUCAGGUGGCGAUCGCUUUUGCCUGGGCCAGCUGAGUAACGUCCACCGCACAGAUGCAAGCGAGAGAGCCAGGUUGCACAUAGGGAAGGGUGUACAGCUGGAGUGUCGUGGUGAGGGCGAUGUGUGGAUGCGCUGUAUGAGCGACCACGCUGUGUUUGUACAGAGCUACUACCUCGACAGAGAGGCAGGCCGAGCACCAGGUGAUGCUGUGCACAAGAUCUAUCCUGGAGCCUACAUCAAGGUGUUUGACCUGCGGCAGUGCCACAGACAGAUGCAGCAGCAGGCAGCGACUGCUCAGGCUGCAGCUGCUGCACAGGCAGCCGCUGUGGCAGGAAAUAUACCAGGUCCAGGCAGUGUCGGAGGCAUUGCACCUGCAGUUAGUCUGUCUGCAGCAGCUGGGAUUGGUGUGGAUGACCUGAGGCGUCUGUGCAUCCUGCGGCUCAGCUUCGUGAAGGGCUGGGGACCCGACUACCCCCGGCAGAGCAUCAAACACACGCCCUGCUGGGUGGAGGUCCACUUGCACCGUGCUCUGCAGCUUCUGGAUGAGGUGUUGCACACUAUGCCAUUGGCAGACCCAGGGCCUGCUAACUAAGGACCAAGACCAUGUUAAAAUUCCAAUCUGGAUUCGAUGAAUGUGUUCACACAGACAGACAUGUUGCCAAAUAUGCUACAUAAUUAAUACACAAAGCAAAUCAAUGAAAAAUACACAGGAAACAUAAAUAACCAACAACACAUAUGCUUGUAACAAUCAAUGCACACAUCACUCAUGCUGCCUCACAUACAAACACACACAUGCACACACACUGCAACCAAAAUGUCUGUAGCCAAACAGACAUCAAAGUGCUGAUGUUUUUUCUAAUGCUUUAAUCUAAAGUGCAAGACAAGGUAGUUGGAGAUCCGAAGGUAAAUAUUCUGAUCAACUUGUCUCUGACCGAAAGACAUUUGUAUUCACUGCAGAAAUCCAGGGAUGUGUUUUAGAAAUCCAGUUCCCUAUAUGCAAUUUGGAUUUCUAAUUGUAGGAGUGCAUUCAUUCACACACACAGAUGUGUAAAAAGUUAUACAAGAGUGAGAAAACAUGUCAGAAAAAGAACUUCAACUGGAAAAUGUUGUUAGUAAAGUCACACUGAAUACAAACAGCAUUACAGUUCUCUUUAUGUCUUAUCAAAAACAACUGAUAUAGAAGUAUGUAUUAAGGAAACCAGUGUUAUGUCAUCUCUGUGCUUGUACUGUGCUCUUCACUGUACGUUGAUUGAAACUGUUAGCAUUGAUAUCUGGUUAGCCCUUCUAUUACACUCAGCUCAAGUUAUUUUAUUUUUGUACCAAAAGACUAAAAAGCCAAAAAUAUUUAGCUUUAAAGUAGUGUUGUUGUUAUUUGUAAUGAAACAGUGCUACCCUGUAUGUAACCAAAUGGUUGGUGUUAAUCACCAAGGCCAAUUUACCUCAUAACUACAGUGCAAAGUCACAAUUUAGUUUUCUGUCUAAAGCGCACACACUUUGUUCAUCACUAAAAGGCUGACGUCAAUCCAUGAAGAACUCGGAUAUGAUCCUGACCACAACACUCCCUAAGCUUUGUAUUUAUUUUGGUUUAUAAUGCACUGUGCUCGGAUGUGCAGUAGCAGUACUUGAUCAUUUAACGGAUACGUGUUACUGUGGAACAUUAGGUAUAUUCUACAGUUUUACAGCAGAAAGAAUCUUAAAGUAACGUGUUUUGCUUAAUGGAAAACAACCAUCAGAAGCUCCAGAGACAGAAACCUGAGUGCCUGUGUGUCUGUUCUCUAGUCUGAAUGCUGAGGAUUGCCCAAUCUCAACAUUUACACUCAGACUCGCAAACGUUGAGGUGCGUUCCUGUUAAAUCUGUGAGAGCUUAGAGCUGUCCCAUUGUCAAAUUGUCAAGUUCACAAUGGCCUUCUUGCCGACAUUUUGAACUCUUUAUGCACCCUUUCUGUAAGCCCGCAACUGUGCAGACUUCGCCUAAAGGGGAAUUACCCACAAUUGAUAGUGUUGUGAUGUUGCCGGGGAAGCCCAAAAGUAUUA